AUGAGUGCUGCUACAGCUAAUAUCGACAACGAACAAAACGAUGAAGAAAAGAAGGAACCAAAAGAACCAAAAAUCAACACAGAACAAAACCAAAAGCCUUAUGAGGACAAAUUAAUUAUUCAUUACACACAUGAAAAAAGACUUCAUGAUGUUAAACGAGAUAUGCAUCAAGUUUAUGAAAAUGUGUUUCAAAUCACUCCAGUAUCCGAUGUUAAGCUAAUUGUUGGCAAUCGAAACCGUCGUGAUGCAUGCAAGGAACUGAUAAGUAAACGACCUAAAUUAUCAAUAUUAACAAAUAAAUCGACAACGAAAAGACCAAAACCACAAAGCACAGCAUCCAAGAACAAUGUUUCAACCAAUUAUGCCAAUCCAAUUCAAUCAUCUCUAUACGAAUUAUAA